UUUAUCAUAAAAUUAAAAAAAAUAUAAAGGGUAGUGUAAUCAUAAUUCUCUAAUUAUAGACUUUAUUUUGAAGCGUUUUUUCUUGCUGUAUUCUUUGGUUAAAAGUGGCAGAGUCUAGUUGAACACAAUUUUUUUGCGCCACGAAAAACAAAUCACAAUUUAAUUUUUUCUAGGAUACGAAUUGAUUAUGUCGUCGGAAGAGGAAGAUUAUGAUAUUUUCGCCAACUUAAAAGAUAUUCAAAAAAAUCUUGAAGAUGGAGUUAACUUGGCUUUUGAAAAUCUAGAUGAUGAUUCAGAUAAAUCAAUAAGUUUCAGUAUGCCUGAAACACCUAAGAAUAAAAAAAAGAAAUCUGCGCCGAAAAAUAAUCCAAAAAAAGCGCCUAAAGAUCCAGCUGAUAAAAACCCUAAAAAAGCGCCUAAAGAUCCAGCUGAAAAAAAUAAUUCCAUCGAAACUAUUAAUUUCGAAGAUUUUGCACCAAUAAAUACGAACUACAUUGCACCCAUGAAUCGACGGAACACCCGUAGAAACAACAAUUUGAUGAAUGAUAUCCCUACCUGCAGUAGGUAUGCUACAAAUGAUAUUGAUUUAUCACUUAAUUCUAGCAGUACAACUGGAGUGCAAAGAAGGUCCAGGCGUAUUACGAGAGCUAAACGUAGUUAUAAUAAUAGCGUAGCUGCUGCAAGUAGUGAUAUACAGUAUGUCGAUUUAACAACAACCCCAUUACCUUUAUCAAAUGAUGUGAUAAAUUUAGAGUCUGAACCUGAAGAUGAUACCAAGAGUAAGCCAGAAAUGUCAUUUGAAUAUGAAAAUCCAGAAAUGUUUAUUCAAAUAAUAUGGGUUGGAAUGUAUGAGACAUUUACACUUCGGAAAUAUCAAAAAUUUUCGCAUAUCUUUAAGAUAUUGGCAGAGAGAGAAAAUACAAACAUUGAAAAUUUGGCUUUUAAUAUUGACUCCGAAAUUAUUUUUCCCGACGACACACCCGACAGUAUUGAUUACAAACCAUAUCAGUUUAUAAAAGGUCGUGUCUUGAACACAAAAAUUGAAACACAAUACAAGCACAGCAAGCCUUUAAAAAACAAUGAUGAGAACGUUAUUACAGUGAAAAUCCAAUCAGAUCGAUGGAAACAUCCGAAAUCAAUGCAAGUGGUGAAAACAGAAAAAUUUGGAAUAUUAAUAAUCAAAUUAUCUGAGGAAUUAAACAUCCAAUUGAAUCAGAUAAAGCUGCGUUUUGAUGAUGAUUAUAUAAAUCCCAACUCGACACCAGAGGAAAUAGAUUUAGAAAAUGAUGAUAUAAUCGAUUUACACCUAAAUCUUUAAAAAUUACUUAUAGUUCUUUUUUUUGUAAAAUUUAGAA